AUGGAUGUCCUUUCUAUUCUCAAGGAGAAUGAAAUAACGGGAGACAACUCAAAACUAUAUGAAGGGCUCUGGUCCUGCCUAAAACAGGAUCGGAGCCAAAUACACGCAAUUGUGAGCAACCCGACAGUUCUAGAGGAAAUUCAAAUGUUGGAGGACUGUUUGACUUCAACUAUUGUGGAGAAACGCCUGAUAGCUUUGAGUGCAUUGAGCUUCGGGCCUAUGCUGAAGAAAGCUAGUGGCGUUGCGUCUGAUGCAAUCUUUAGGGCAGCCAUUGACACCAUCUUAAAAACAGCGAAUGAUUCGCACGCGAUUAAUGUCUGUUUAUGCACUCUAAACUCUGUGCUUGCAAUUGCGGAAGGGACAGUUGACCUUGCUCUCUUUUUAGGUGAUCUUACGUUCCUCGAAGUUUCUGCAACAUUUCCCGAGAACGCAAUGACAUUGGUAGACUUCGCUUUCUUGGCAUUGACGCACCCGUGGCUCUCUCAGUGCAAUGCAGAAAAACUAUUUAAGAAAUUGUACUGCUCCGGAAUAUUUUGGUGGCUGCGAGAUAAUCUGGUUUUGUACAAGAAACUUGAUUUUCUGGAACUUAUUUUCUUUCCCACUUUCAGGGCGGUUUUCUCCUCCCAAAUCGAGGCUCUUCAAGGGACGUUGCGCUCGCAGGACCUUUUCAAAAAUUUACAAUAUUGUAAUGUCUUUGAAUUUCCACGUCUUCUGCCAUUACCUUCGUUGGCUUCACAUGAGAAUAUUAUUGAAUGUUUAAUAGUGCCAUCGACAAUGUUCAAAAACAAAUCUCCCAGUCAAAUAAUAAAGUACUUCACUACGCCUCCCAAAAAUCCUGACCAAUUCUGGCCGCAUCUGUUCUGCGACCGUCUUAAUCGAGGAGAAAUGUGGAUAAGCCCUUCUCGGAACAUGUAUCUUCAUGCUCUCAAGGUCUUCCUCCAUGAGUUCACCCAUUUUGAGUCUGAAAUCCGGUCAUUUUCCGACUUGGUGAGGUCCAGAUUCACGGACGCUGGUGGACAAAUGGAAGGCACCAGCAAAUACGCCACAGGGGAAUUUCAUUGUUCUGUAGAUGAAGAACGCAAGUUGGCCAAUAUCAAAAUUCCAAAAGCGGCAAUACAAAAACCAGGAGAGUCAAACACGCAAUGGAACAGCCUUCAAGGACGAAUGCUGUUGAUGAUAAUGAGAGACGGGUCGUGCUUGUCUUCUGAAAUUAAGAAGGUCACUAAAGAGCCCAAUUUCAUUGUUGUUCAGAUUCAAGUCGAAGGAUCGUUCUCUAAAGAGGAUUUCGUCAUCGCUUCUGUUUUAAACUCAAGACUAGACGAGAAAAUGCUAUUUUUGAACGAUAUACUAAACAGGGCCCUAGACAACGAGCAUCUGUGGUCAGGCACACAAAUGUCGAACAUGAUUACAAAAUCAGAAGUGGAUGAGGUUCUAUGCGUCGACGUGUUCCAAACGGUAGAUCAGGUUGAAAAUGUUAUACAAACGAAGCAACACAAUACUGAGCAUGCGCGAAAGAAGAGACAUUUGGAUAAUCUAACAUGCGCAAUAAAAGUAAAUUUCAGUGGCAAAUGGUCGUUGGCCGAUGCAUUCAGAACCUCGGGACACCGAAAUUUCACAACGGAGCAAAUUGAGUACAUCCUACGGGCACUGAGGGAAAGCGUCAGUUUUAUUGAUGGUGAUGUUGGUACAGGAAAGUCAACCAUCGUGGCAAACAUCGUAGAUAAUAUUUAUGUGAAUGCCCGUUAUGAUGACUUAAGAAGUCGGACAAUUAUAGUCUGCGAUACGGAAGAAACUUGCACGAAACUGCAAGGUCUUUUGAACCAUAUACCGAAAACAUCGAUUGUCCAAUGUUCGGAUAAUGUUAUUGCUAUGAGGGAUGCAAAAAAGGCUCAAAUUAGUGGACUGCUCGCCCAAGUUCAAGAAGUGGCUGUUAAGUUGAAUAUUCCAGGAGAUCACUCUUCAACUAUAAAAGCUGCACAAUCCUUUUUUCAACAUUUCUUGUAUCCUCUUCUCCAAGAAACUAUGAUAGGUAAUUCUGACGAAGACCUCUCUCAUUGUCCCAUUUUGAGCUUAGAAAGCUGCGUCGAAGGCAACGCAGAUUUGGAUCAGAAAAUCCAGGCGAUAUGCUUCGAGCUAGGAAAUCUUUUUGAGCAGCUUGACAGGUGGAGCGCCCUUUUUCUUCCUGGGAAUAACUCCAAGGCGUUAUGGAUUUGUAGCGAUUUAAUCCUGUUGAGCAAAAGUCAGCUAGCGAAGCCAUAUGCUAAGGCACUUUUUGAAACGGACUCAAUGCAUAACCUGAUAAUUUGUAAUGCCGAGUGGUUUCAACCUUCGGAAAUAUGGCUAGCAUUGAGCAUGCAAACUCAGUGGCAGAAGCUGGUAAUCACAGGUGACUAUCUGAGUCGGCCAAUUCCGUAUGUGCUUCAGCAAUUUGCUGUAAAAUGGAACCCAGAGCCCCGGUUAUCAAAAGUAUUUGAUACCAACUUGGAAAUUUUGAAGCUUCGCUUUCCGGAUUUUGUCAUCCAGGGGUCGCAAGUUACCGGCCUUCAACAUCCCUUCCAAGUUGUUAAAUCCCCAGGCAUUGGCAUAGGACCUAAUGGCGUGAAUUGGGACGAAGCUGAAUAUUGCGUUUUCUUGUAUUUCCUGCUGCGAAAAAUGGGGUACCCUUCAAAUUUGAUUAGCAUCUUGACAAUCUCUCCAUACCAAAAGCACGCGGUGGAUACGGAACUACAAAGCUGUUUACAGAGCUCCUCGCUAAAGAGUUUGGCAGCACCGGGAAGCAUCGGGAGCUUGGAUCAAAAUUUAUCUCACAGAAAUGAUAUUAUCAUUGUUUCAACUUCUGGGCUCUCAUAUGAUACAAGAUUUUUAUCUCGGAUCGCGAAGCGCGCGCUUCUCAUUCUGGACCAUAACGCAACUAGUCCUCUUGCAAUAGUAAGCAAUGAAAAGUAUCCCAAUACCGGCCCUAGAGAUCAACACAACAUGGAAACUAUACAUGAUCUCAACCACUUAAAGGCAUCGGUCAAGCCAAACAAGAAUCAAUCUAAAGCGGCCAGAUCAGCAGCUAAGCUCACAGUACCUCACUCUCAGUGA